AUGUUUUCGUCCUCUAGUCCACGUAGAGCCACCGGUGCAUGUGACCCAACAUGCCCCGCUGAUGACGCGAGAGGCGUGAAUGACGAGGGAGGUGUGGAUGACGAGGGAGGUGUGGACGCCGCGGCAGGUGUGGACGACGCGGCAGGCGUGGACGACGCGGCAGGCGCGGAUGAAGCGUCAGGCGCGGACGUCGCGGCAAGCGCGGGCGAGGCAGCAGGCACGGGAGAUGUACCAGGUGUGGGAGAAGAUGACAUACGGGAAGACAUAAGGGAUCUCAUUUACGCCGCCGCCGCCUUCACCUCGCCACACAGCCACCCGGCUCCGCAGCCUCCUACACCCACAGCUGCGCUGCCGCCGCCUUCGCGCGCCACACCACCCGGCUCCGCGGUCUCUACACCCACACCCACUGCUGCGGCUGCCGCCGCGGAGGAGGACCUCUGCUUCAAACAUCGUUGGAGUCUGCAAAGCCAGGCGCGGGACUUCUCCAAAUCAAAAACCACUACCCCACCACCAGAAGACCACUGCUUCGUCCUAAUUGCCGGGACGAAUGACUUGGCUACCGGGAGACAAGACAUAAUAUACCAACACAUGGAGGAAAUCAUUCAGCAAUAUUCCAGCAACUCGAAGGGGUUUGAACAGCCCGCCCAGAACCUUCAACAGAACGCCGGCAGAAUCAGCCCCGAGACCGCCACUGCCGCCGCCGACGCCACCCGCCACCGCCAAACUAGCGCCCAAGGCCACAACACCUACGCGGAGGGCUGUAACUCAAAGACCUGCGGAGCGUCCACCCUUCCAACAACAAAAACUGUCUAUGGU